UUUUAUUCUAAAAUAUCAAAAGAUUCUGAAAAUGGGUGAUCAACUCGAGAAAAUCAACAAGGACUUAAAAAAUUUAAACAAAAUGGAUAAAUACACUGGCUCGAUGAAUAUGUUCUUGGAUAAAUCUAUUUUCACCCAGAAUUUGAAGUGUACAACCCAGAAGUUAUCCUUGAUAACGGUAGACAAUGACCACGGGGAGAAAAGACGAUCCCAAUCCCAAAUUACUUCCAGGCACCCAACCAGGAACCCUGUUUUUAUAGUGCUAGAUAAAAAAUGUAAAAUUGGACCACCGAUGUUUGACCUUAGCAGAGGCAAAUCUGCAGCUGGUUUCAGUUCGAAAUAUGACCUUCCGGAGGAAGUAAGGAAAAGAGGAGAGAAAGCUAUCGAAAAAGGAAUGUUCAAGAGCUCUUUUGGAGGUACUGAUAGCCAGAGUAAGAAAACAACCAAACAAUAUUCUCCAAAUGAGGAUAGGAAUACUCCUGGUUAUAACAAAUCCCUUCAGUCAAAUUCAGAAUUUCCAAAUCCUUCAGAAAUGUUCAGCCGAGAGAUUCUUCAGGAGAUGCUUCCUCCAGUUCUUGAGCAAGAUAGAUUUGGUGAAUAUUAUAAAGAGAUAACUGAUAAGAUAGCUAAAAAGUUCUCCAGCAAUCGCUGGAGUAACCUCAAGAAAGACAUUGAGAAACAAAAAGGAAAAGCCAGCAAGUACAGACAAGAGGUUUUGCAAAAGAGAGUAGAAUCCAAACUUAAAUUUAGUCUCAGAUCAGGAACUCGGAGAAACUUUAAUGGAACAGAUCAAUUUAAGAGCGAUCUUUUGUCAGUUAGAAGACAUAAUUCUAGACCCUUGGGGUUAGAGAAGCGUAUGAGCAUAAACACUUCCAGAAAAUCACAAAGAGGAACAUAUCUUGAUCCAGGGAAGUUCAAUGUAGCUCCUCGGAUUAACAUUGCAAGGAAGGAAUUUGAUACUAAGGAGAUUAAGUUAAAGAAAAAUAUCAGUAAAAUUGAUAAAAUUAUUUCAAAUUCCCAGAAGUUCGGUGGGCAGUCAGCAAUUCAUCCAAGGAUUACAGAACUUGUUGAAAUUUUCUUCAAGAAUGUGAACGAUCCAUUACUGAGUAACGUGAUCUCGAUGGAAAGUAUAAAUCUCCGUGCUAGGAGUCCAAACGAUAGGUACACUUGGAUGGAUUUUUAUUAUCUCUGGAAGAAUCUUGUCCCUGUGACUCGUAUAAAUACACUAAAAUUAGUAAACAUUAAGAUUGACAGAAGGUUGAUGUUCUUUAAGCUAAUUGACAUUCCAACAUUGGAGAACCUUCAUCUAGUUAAUUGCGGAAUGAACCACGAUGAUCUACUAGAAAUAAAGGAGGUAUUGCUAGAAGGGAAGAUUUACCUCACAACAUUAGAAUUCUCAUCAAAUCUUCCUCAACCUUUCGCUAAUAUGGAUUCUGAAGAAGAGGUGCCUCAAUCUUCAAAGAACAACAUCAGCUUCAGUGAAGUCCUUCUAGGAGUUAGUAAGAGCCAUAGUUUAGAAGAAUUUAUUUUCAGAGACAACAACAUUUCCUCUGCUUCUAUGAAAUUAAUGAAUGUUGUUAUGAGGUAUGGCAAGAAUUUAGCCAAAAUUGAUUUCUCUCACAAUCCCCUUGGAGACAGAGGUGUGCAUCUUCUGUUCUCCAAGAUCGCUAAGAACAGGAGCAUCAAAGAAAUCGUGCUUGAAAAUAUAAGUAUGACCAAUGUAGGAGCGAGAGAAAUAGCCAAGUUCUUGGUUACUAAUAAAUCUCUCAAAAGUUUGAUUCUCGACGAAAAUGAGAUUGAUAUAGAAGGUUUUUAUGAGAUCAUGGAAGCAGUUAAGAAAAAUAAAGUGUUGACUAAGAUCCAAAUGCUUAACUGUCCUCUUCUGGACCUCAAACUUGUUGAAAAGUACAUGAAGAAGUAUAAACUGCAAGUCAAGUUUGACUUCAGAUGAGUGACCAAGAAUGAUAUUAUCGGCUUGGGAUAAACAGUAGUCCUCAAUUUCAAA